ACCGUCAAUAUUAUAAGAGAAGAGUUGUUGCUCUUUUCUUUUGAGCCCGAGAAGGAUAGUCUCACACUCGGUCAAGAACUUCUGGUGGUUCUUGAGGCUUCAAGCUGGUCAUGUUUAUUAUCUGUUGGACCAUCUAUUCUCUGAAAUUGAGUGGAGCCACCAUGAAACCCUCAGGGCCGGUGAGGUGGGAAUUGAUACUUUUAUUUGCUCAAAUUCAACAAGUUCACAAAAAGAUACUAAAUCUGAGGGAAUCAAAACUUGGCUUUGCUCAUAUUCAACUUCACAGCAAGAUACUAAUCUUGACGGGAAAAAGUGACUGAGGGCUAAGCUGCAGAGAGGAUGGCUUCGGCUACUAUUGAUUUUGGGAUUGGGCGGAUUCUUAGCGUCCUGGAAAACGAGACCUUGUUGUUGUCAGGAGUCUAUGGUGAGAUUGAGAAGAUGAAGAAGGAAUUGCUGAUCAUGGAGUCCUUUCUUGAGGACACCCAACACGCUAGAAAUGGAUCAACAACAACAACAACCCAACUAUUCCAAACUUUUGUGGCAAACAUGAGAGAUUUGUCUUACCAAGUCGAAGACAUUAUAGACGAGUUUGCUUAUCACAUCCAUGGUUAUCGUAGCUGCAACAAUCUUUGGCGUGCGUUUCAUUUCCCCAGGUACAUGUGGGCUAGGCACUCUAUAGCUCAGAAGCUGGGAAUGGUGAAUGUCAUGAUUCAAUCCAUUUCUGAUUCCAUGAGAAGGUACUAUCGUUCUGAAAACUAUCAAGGACAAGUAGCUUCCUCUGUUGAUGAUGGUGGUGCAAAGUUAGUGAAUAACAUUAGCGAGUCAUCUCUUUUCUUCAGUGAAAAUAGUCUUGUUGGGAUUGAUGCAGCCAAGGGAAAACUCAUUGGAUGGCUUCUUACUCCAGAACCUCAGCGAAUAGUUACCUCGGUGGUUGGAAUGGGGGGUUCAGGGAAAACCACACUCGCAGCGAACAUCUUUAAGUCCCAAAGUGUCCGGAAACAUUUUGAGUCUAACGCUUGGGUAACAAUCUCGAAAUCUUAUGUUAUUGAAGAUGUGUUUAGGAACAUGAUCAAGGAGUUUUACAAAGAAGCACAAACACAGAUUCCAGCUGAAUUAUACUCCUUAAGCUACAGAGAGUUGGUGGAAAAACUUGUGGAGUAUUUGCAGUCAAAGAGGUACAUUGUUGUGCUUGAUGAUGUAUGGACCACCGGUCUAUGGAGGGAGAUAAGUAUCGCUCUACCAGAUGGUAUUUGUGGAAGUCGUGUUAUGAUAACCACUCGGAGCAUGAACGUGGCUUCUUUCUCAUAUGGCAUUGGGAGCCAAAAGCACGAGAUUGAGCUCUUGAAAGAAGACGAAGCUUGGGUGCUUUUCUGCAACAGAGCGUUUUCAGGAAGUCUUGAGCAAUGCAGAGAGCGAAAUCUGGAGCCGAUAGCACGGAAAUUACUCGAGAGAUGUCAAGGCUUGCCAUUAGCUAUUGCUUCUUUGGGGAGCAUGAUGUCAACAAAGAAGUUGGAAUCAGAAUGGAAGAAGGUAUACAGUUCUUUGAAUUGGGAACUGAACAACAAUCUUGAACUCAAGGUUGUUCGGAGCAUUUUGUUGCUUAGCUUCAACGAUUUGCCGUACCCGCUUAAACGUUGUUUUUUAUACUGUUCUCUUUUCCCUGUGAACUAUGGAAUGAAAAGAAAGAGGCUCGUUCGGAUGUGGAUGGCACAAAGGUUUGUGGAACCAAUCAGAGGAGUGAAAGCAGAGGAAGUGGCUGAUGGUUACCUCAAUGAGCUUGUUUACAGAAACAUGCUUCAAGUUAUCUUGUGGAAUCCUUUUGGACGACCCAAGGCAUUCAAGAUGCAUGAUGUGAUAAGGGAGAUUGCUCUGUCUAUAUCCAAAACUGAGAGGUUUUCUGAUGUAUAUAAUGGUGACAAUGAUGAUGAUCAUCAUCAUGAUGAUGGAGAAACAACCGAUACUCGCCAUUUAUGCAUUCAGAGAGAGAUGAGACCAGGUAGUAUACGUACAACAAACCUUCACUCUCUUUUGGUUUGCUCUUCUGCCAAACACAAUAUUAAGUUACCUCUACGUCUGAACUUUUUGAGAGCCUUAGACCUUGAACACUCUGCCAUCAGCAAGCUGCCAGAUUGUUUAGUAACUUUGUUCAACUUAAAGUACUUGAAUUUGUCGAAAACUCAGGUGAAGACACUGCCAAAAAACUUCCAUAAACUCAUCAAUUUGGAGACAUUGAACACAAAGCACUCCAAGAUUGAGGAACUUCCUCCAGGGAUGUCAAAGUUGCAGAAAUUGCGUCAUUUGAUUACUUUUCGCCGCAAUGAUGGACAUGAUUCCAAUUGGAACUAUGUUUUAGGUACAAGGGUUUCUCCUAAAAUCUGGCAGUUGAAGGACUUGCAAGUCAUGGACUGCUUCAACGCAGAAACUGAGCUUAUCAAAAACCUGGGGAACAUGACUCAACUCACAAGAAUAAGUCUUGUCAUGGUUAGAAGAGAACAUGGAGGUGACUUAUGCAACUCGCUGAAUAAGAUUAAAAGACUUCGAUUCUUAUCUCUAACUUCGGUUCAUGAAGAGGAGCCAUUAGAGAUAGAUGACCUGAUAGCAACCGCAAGCAUUGAGAAGUUGUUUCUUGCUGGGAAACUGGAGAGAGUUCCAAGCUGGUUCAACACUCUUCAAAACGUUACCUAUUUGGGUUUGCGUGGAUCUCAGUUGCAAGGAGACACCAUUCUCUCUAUCCAAACGCUUCCUAAAUUGGUAUGGCUUUCAUUAUACAAUGCAUACAUGGGGCCAAGGUUGUGUUUUGCACAAGGGUUUCAGAGUCUGAAGAUUCUAGAUAUAGUACAGAUGCAACAUCUGACAGAAGUAGUUGUAGAAGGUGGUGCAAUGUUUGGUCUUCAAAAGCUUUAUGUCAGAGCUUGCAGAGAGUUAGAGGCAGUACCUAAAGGGAUUGAGAAUCUAAAAGAUCUUCAAGAACUGCAUUUGACUCAAGUUUCUGAUCAGUUAGUACAAGGCAUUAGCGGAGAAGGGAGUGUGGACCGGUCAAGGGUUAAACACAUACCUGCGAUUAAACAUUUUUUCAGAACUGAUAAAGGCACUUUCUAUGUGAGCCUCUCAUCUUGAUGAGUGACCAAGGCAAGCUUCAUCAUACAAGAUAUUACUUUGUUAAUACUCUAUUGUUGACAUUGUUCUUUUUAUGUUUCGGCUUCAAGCUAUAAAUCGUUGAUAUUGAAGUGGUUCA